CGACAGGUCGCUGCCCCGGCCCGGGCAGGCUCCGGCCGCCUGCGCAGGUGGUAUUUCCUUCUUCUGGCCUUUGUAUAUGGACCCCCUUCUGUCCUGUUUGGCCCGUUUAGAUUUUGACCUAAAUGGAGGCUCUUAGUCUGGUGUAAAGCUGAUGGGUGGGAGCAAAGGUAAAGAAUGAUGUAAUGCAGCAGCAGCCAGAAAGCAUCUUUUGUUUGAAUUGUGAAAUGGCUACUCCAUAGUCAUCUCCCGAUGAAUCAGAUGUGAGGGGCUGCUUUGUGGAACGAACCCUUUGUAACAGCACAUCAACUGGAAGCAGGAGGAGACAUUCAGUUGAAGAGCUCUUUCUGAAAAUGGGUUUAACUUUUCUUUUGCCAGUCACUACCAGCAUGACCUCAUACACUUCUAGUACAAUGGUGUGGCUAAGCCUUUGAGUACACAGCCAUUACAUCAUCGCAGCAAAUUAGAGAGGGAGGUGGUGAAAGAGGCCUUAUUGUUGUCAUGGCCGAUGAGAUGAUCAGGACUCAACUCAUUGUCGCCGAGAAGUUGGUGGCUUUGCUGGAGAGUGGUACAGAAAAAUUGCUGCUGAUUGAUAGCCGCCCCUUUGUGGAAUACAAUACGUCCCACAUCUUGGAUGCCAUCAACAUCAACUGCUCCAAGCUUAUGAAGCGGAGGCUGCAGCAGGACAAAGUUUUGAUUACAGAGCUCAUUCAGCAUUCAGCAAAACACAAGAUCGAAAUUGAUUGCAAGCAGGAAGUGGUGGUGUAUGACCAAAGCUCUAAAGAUGUGACCUCUCUCUCAUCUGACUGCUUUCUUACCGUGCUCCUGGGCAAACUGGAGAAGAAUUUCAGCUCUGUGUAUCUGCUUUCAGGUGGAUUUGCUGAGUUCUCCAGCUCUUUCCCAGGUCUCUGUGAAGGAAAAUCCACGCUUAUCCCUACUUGCAUUUCUCAGCCCUGCCUACCUGUCUCCAACAUUGGCCCAACCAGAAUCCUGCCUCAUCUCUAUCUUGGGUGUCAGCGGGAUGUCCUCAACAAGGAGCUGAUGCAGCAGAAUGAUAUUGGCUACGUACUGAACGCCAGCAAUACUUGUCCAAAGCCUGAUUUUAUUCCAGAAUCCCAUUUCCUGAGAGUGCCUGUGAACGACAGCUUUUGUGAGAAAAUUUUGCCUUGGUUGGAUAAAUCGGUCGAUUUUAUAGAAAAAGCAAAAGCAUCAAAUGGCCGCGUGUUAGUGCACUGUUUAGCUGGAAUAUCUCGCUCUGCCACAAUCGCUAUUGCAUAUAUCAUGAAGAGAAUGGAUAUGUCCUUAGAUGAAGCUUACAGAUUUGUGAAAGAAAAAAGGCCAACCAUUUCUCCCAACUUCAACUUCCUGGGCCAGCUGUUGGACUUUGAGAAAAAGAUCAAGAACCAGAGCGCUCAGCCUGGACACAUUAGCAAGCUGAAACUUCUGCACUUGGAAAAAAGCAGCGAGCACACGCUGGUGGCGGAGGGCGGGCAGAGCAGCCUCUGUGCCAACCAGCUCUGCAUUACCGCUACCUCCGAGCUGGUGGAACAGAAGCUGACGGACUGCAGCCCGGCACCCCGCGGGCAUCUGUCCCCCCUGGAAGAUGGCCCGCUGGUACAGGGCAUAAACGGACUGCACGUCUCCCUGGAUAAGGUGGAAGACAGCAACCGCCUGAAACGCUCCUUUUCUUUGGAUAUUAAAUCCGUCUCCUACUCGACAAGCAGCAGCUGCGUGACCGCGUCGGUUCAGGGCUUCGCCGCCUCCGAAGACACCCUGGAAUACUACAAACACGCCUCUGCUUUAGAGAGCAGCAGCAAGUUGUGUCAGUUCUCCCCUGUCCAAGAGGUCUCGGAGCAAACCCCCGAAACCAGCCCUGACAAAGAGGAAGCGAACCCUCCCAAAAAACCCCCGACCACCUGGCAGCUGGACAGCCAGAGCAAACGGCAGCACCUGGGGAGAGGCAGCGGCGGGGCCACCGCUCAGCGCUCGCUCCUCUCCCCCCUGCACCGCAGCGGCAGCGUGGAAGACAACUACCGCACGAACUUCUUGUUCGGGCUCUCCACCAGCCAGCAGCACUUGGCAAAAUCCGCCGCUGGGUUGGGCCUCAAAGGCUGGCACUCGGACAUCUUGGCUCCUCAGACCUCGACCGCCUCCCUGACCAACAGCUGGUAUUUUGCCACCGAGUCCUCGCAUUUCUACUCCGCCUCUGCCAUCUACGGGAGCAGCGCUGCCUACUCUGCCUACAGCUGCAGCCAGCUGCCCACGGGCUGCGAGCCGGCCUGCGCCGCCGUGCGCAGGAGGGCAAAGCAGGGCGACCGCGGCGACUCCCGGCGCAGCUGGCACGAGGAGAGCUCCUUCGAGAAGCAGUUUAAGCGCAGGAGCUGCCAGAUGGAGUUUGGGGAGAGCAUCCUGUCAGACAACAGAUCCAGAGAAGAACUGGGGAAAGUAGGCAGUCAGUCGAGCUUUUCAGGCAGCAUGGAAAUCAUUGAAGUGUCUUGAGGGGCAGCAGGCUUGUGGGACUGGCUAGCAGAGCUGCUUCCCCCUCCAGGCUGCUCCCCCUAGAAAUCUGAAAAAGAACAAGCUUUGUGCAAAAAAGGUGGGGAAGGGGGGAGGGAAGAAACGCCAGGCUUCGGUGUGAACGCGGUGACUAGAUGAAUACGGCGAAGAAAUGACGAGUGUCUGCCCGAGGAGACCGAGCGUAGCGCUGGGCUUUUCUCCUCCCCUUUCCCUGGAGAAGGGCAAAACAUUUCAAAGCUCUUUCCCUGACAGAGGGAGUGAUUCUAUGCAACGGAUUGCACAUCUUUUCAGUGGGUUUUUUUUUUUUUAAAAAAAAGGAAGCUCUCUUGGGAUCCAACCUCUGGUUCCACUGAAACACGCUUCGAUCUAUCAGAGCUGGUUUUGUUCUCCCCUCCUCGUGCCCCACGCCUUCACCUGUGCACCUUAGCCCUGACACUGAGCCAACCUCUGGAGGGAGACCUUUUGCCCGUCAGAAAGGAGACUGGGAGCGGUUCCAAAGGACGUAGGGACUGGUUACAGCAAGGCUGGUCUGAACACACCCGUUCAGACAAAUGUAAAUACUGGUGUAACUAUUGUUCUAAUGGAUAGGCUUUAGGUGAUUCGCUAGAGAGCUGCUUCAGAGAAAAAAAAAGAAAAAAAAAAACCCAGUACCUCAAAAAUAUAAACUAGGGCUUUAUGGCUGCCAGAUGCUGGUAGUCAGUUCAUAAGCAAUGUGAACAAGUAAUGACUAGCCACGUUUGAUUUUAUUUUUUUUUUUUUUUUUUAAAGCUGUCUACGCACAAGUGUUUCAGUUGGCUCAGCAGCAAUUCUUAAAAAGGACAAAUGAACCACACUUAACAACCGUUUCCCCCAGUCUUCUGAAAGAUAAAAUAAGCCGUAUUUGUAUUUUUAAUAUUAAACUGGCUUCUGGGAGAGGGGUAGCUGCUUUGGCUUCUAAGCUCUAAUGGAGUGGUUAAUAGUUAGGGUUACGUGAAGGAGAAGUGGCUGGUACAACACUGCAACAUUGACAGUUCACUAGAUGGCUCUUGAAGGUUUGUUGGGGUUUUUUUAACUGCUAAAAUGAGUUGGGAUGGGCUUAGUCUCACUAAGGAACUGCUCUUCCUCCAUGGUUCCAGCCAUCCGUGGGUAGGGUAACUCAAGUGGUGGUUUGGGUUUUUUUCUCAUCCCAGUGUCCUCACCCAAACCACGGGACCACAGAGAUAGAAGCUUGUCAUUAGUUUUGCUGACUUUAUCUCAG